AUGAUUGAGAAUCAUCAGAUGGAAGUUAAUCACCACGCUCCUGACGUGGUCAUGUGGAGGAAAAAUGAAACCGAGUAUUGCAGACAAUUUUUCACAGCAGAGACAUGGCAAAGAAUUCGGAUUCAUGGUGGUCUCAAGGAGUGGAGUGAAGUUGUGUGGUUCCAAUUGGGAGUGCCGAGGUUUGCGUUUAUUACUUGGCUGGCGAUAAGGAAUAGGCUCUCCACCGGCGAGCGCACAGGAGCUUGGGGCCAACCACAAGGAUGUCUCUUUUGUGGAGAGCCAAAUGAGACAAGAGAUCACUUGUUUUUUGCGUGCCCCUACACAUACACUCUAUGGCUUGAAGUUGUUGGCACUCUGCUAGGGAGACCACCUGAUCCUGACUGGGAGAGCACUCUUGAACUUCUUACUACCCAUAGCUAUGGGCGACUUGAGUAUCUGUUGGUAAGGCUGGUUUUUCAAACUGCAAUAUAUAUAAUCUGGAGGGAGAGAAACGAUCGGAAGCAUCUGAAGAAGCCAAAGUUGCCGAGUCAAUUGGCUAGGAUUGUGGACAAAACAGUUAGAAACAGAAUAACUUCUACUGGUUAUGCGACGAAGCCUCGGCUGAGAGGGCUCAUGCAAGUCUGGUUCUUAGCUCAUACGUAG